UCUAUAGACUUCAUUCGUUGUCUAAAUGAAUUCCCAUUUAAUGAAAAUAAAGUCGCACACAUGAACACGUGAAGCUCACAUGCUUUAGCUGAACACAGUAGGCCUGGGCUUAAAAGCUUCGACUUGUCUAUUUAUCUUUGUCCAUUUCAUUUCUCUAUUCAGCUACCUUCAAAGUAAAUGACAAAACAUCAAACAUGGCCCUAUAUCCCUCAAAUGGUAAAAUCAGCUGGUUUUCCUUUCUGCUCUCAAAGCGACGCAAUGGAGUGAACUGUCCGAGCGGCUGUUUUCUUUAGCACAGCGGGGCUCUCCAUUCACGGGCACUCACCGUACCAGCUCUGGGACGAACACCAGCGGAGAACUGUUCCGAAUUAAGGGCUGACUUCCAUUUUCUUCACGGAGGCUAUGCUUCAAACAUAACUGCUAAUAGCCUUAUAGAUAAAAAAUUGUUUAUUGUAUGUCCUUACCUUGGAAGUAUUAAUGCUGCAUAGGCCUAUCAGUCAUCAGGUAAUUUAAAGGAGGAUAUUGCUCAACUUUACAUUUACGCGCAACAAUAUAUUUGAUGGUUGUAAUUAAAGAGCAAAUGUAUUAAUGACCUAUUUUUUUUUUUUUUUUUUAAAUAUGCACAUAGGCUGCCUGUCAAGUCUCACGUUUUUUUUCAACAUUUCUCAUGUCAACUGAAUCUCACUGAUCUCACGAACCGGCGAAAAGGCGAACCAGACCUGCCUUUUGUGUGUGUGUGUGUGUGUGUGUGCGUGUGUGUGGGGGGGUCCGGAUUUUCACGGAUUUCAUUCACUCACUUCAAGGAUUUCAGUCAUAUUAGCAUGACAGGUAUGUAUGCGAAGUUAACAGCCUACAAGGGCAAGAGUUAUGAAGCUUGGUCACACGCAUCUUUCUACGUUACGCCUGCGUCUCUACUGCGCAUUUUGUAUGCGAACUAACACAACUCCUCAAAAAACCACGCAAUGAACCAUGGGAAAUUAUUGGCGGAAUUCUUGAAUCUUGCCAGAUGAUCAUUACGCAGUUUUAUCUUGUUGCGAUGGAUUUUAAGUUCAAUACAGACAAAAUACCGUAGUUAACUCUUUAUAAUGAGUGACUAACUGCGGGUAAAUAUGCCCAACCGUAAGAUAUGUACCGACAUACCUUGGGAGGAUGGAGCAGAGAGUGAUUUACACAAAGUUGAACAGCGCAAAUCGAAAAUAAACAGACUGAAACGAAGCCCAAAGCCAUCACAGCCACCACGCACGGUGGACAUCUCAGAUAUCACUCAGCCAGAGUUCAAGACACCCACACGUCCUGUAAGAACCAAAUUUGGACGUUUGGUCGGUAAGGAUUCCCCGUACAAUGAUUGUGAAAAUCCAUACGAUAUCAUCUGGGACCCGAGUUCACCGUCACCCAUCACAAAGGGAGGAGGCCUUAACAUACGAGGGCGAGGACGGAAAAAAGAAGUGUUCACUGGAAAGACAGACGUAAAUGAUCUUGUCAGUCGGAUAGCGCCUAAGAACGUGAAACCUGUGGAUUCAUCAGAGACUUCUAUGCUGCAAUGGAUUGGAGUCAGUGGCAUCCCGUGCACUCCUGAGCUGUCUGAACCCAGGACAAAGACCAAGUUCCCAAAGCAGAGCACUCAUGACCACCUCAAGCAGCUGGCGAAGCAGUUUGACUACCAGAUGAUCAGAAAUGAAGGGUCUCCCCAAAACGAGGGUCUCGUUCAGCCCGCAGACCAGGAGGGGGAAGACCUCGAAAACCGGCCUCCUUGUCCGCAGAUGAACCCUUCACCCCACGACACCGUAAGGGCCCUGUCUCUCGAUCAGGACAUGGACGACGACGACGAGCUGUUCAAUGAGCUUUUUGACGGGCCCACGGUGAGCAUCGAGAACGGCCUCAGCCAGCUUUUGUCCGGUGGCUCCCAAAUCGUAAAGCCCGCAGUUUCCGCUUCUCAACCAAGACACGCCCCGGCUUCAGGAAACUCGGACGUGAGGAUGCGCGGCCAUGUGCCGGCCUCUACUGACGUGGCGCGUGCCACUGGGAGUGUGGAUGACGGCGGGUUUGACGACGACUGGGAUGACGAUGGUUUGCUUGACGACUCCAUGGUUAUGGAGAUUACCCAGAACCUGGACUUGUUUGCUCCACCCAAACACUGUUCCACACAGAACUCUGUCAUAGGGCAACAGAGGGGACCGUCCGGUACCACGGCACCCGGCAGCGUCUCAAACCAGUACCACCAGCAAGGAGGCAGCAGCAGAAGUUUUGGUUUAUCUCAAGUUCAGAGCGAGGUGUAUAAAAGUGGGCAGACAUUUAGACCAGGCGUGAACACCAAUCACCAAGUCAGCGCUUCAUCUGUUGGCGGAGGGUUUCUUAGCAACGGCAGUAACGGCUUACGAAAUGCUCCGCCUGUUCGAUCUUUGCCCUGCACUUCAUCAGAUCUUACAAACAAAUCUAACCAAGCAGUGUCUACAACGUCUAAAGCCUUUAACCGGCCCUUUCCAAAGACGAAGACAGAAGCCAGUGAAUCCCCGCAGAGACCCCCACCACCUGCUGGCUUUCAGUCAAAGCCUUCACAGCCAGCCACCUGGGCAAAGCAGCACACGACUGCUGCAGCCACAGCUGAGGAGCCACCCAAAGGUGAUGUCCUUGUCUGUGACGGUGAGGCAGGUAUCCCGGAUGAUGACCUAGACAUUUUCUUUGCCUUGGACUCUGAGUGGGACGAUGACGUGGACGACGACGAUCUGCUCUGCGAAGCGUGCGAUGACGUGGACGAGGGCGCUCCGGGGCCUGCCAAGUGUACAGUUCCAACGACCAAACAACCGUUCUCCAACGGCCAGAUGCUAAAUCAGAACCAGAACCAGAGCCGGACCAUCACUUCAUCUGUGACCACAGCAAGAAGUGCAGAACCUAAAACCCACAAUCAGAGACCAGCUGCAACUUUUGCGCAACCCUUUCCACCUAGCAAAGCGGUUUACAGUACAUCGGGAAAUGGCACACUGGCUAAAAGUGCGCCUCCAGCGACACAAAAGACCGUGGCUACAGUUGCUGGGAGUUGUAAUACUCAGUUCCAAAGGAACUCUCUCCAACCUCCCAGUACUGCAGGUGUAGGGGCUACUUCCUUCAGAGGCUCCUCCCACCACACCGCAGCCAAUCAUGUGGGUGGUGUGAGUUCUAAUGCUGGUAGCUGGGACCAGAGGAACUCUAUGAGAUCUCCCAGUGUUGCUGCAGGUGUGGAGCCUCAGAGGUACACGCACGGUAAAGAGCCCACUUCCUUUGGAGGCUCCUCCCACCACACCACAGCCAAUCAGCUGGCAGGGAAGGGAGGAGGUAUGGGAGGCUCCAACCAAUCGUCUGUGAGGACAGGUGGCGGCAGCAGCAGCAGCAGUCAGUACACUUUCAAGAGGCUGACAAACAGCAGCACCAGCUGUUCCACAGUGACCACACAAGCUCCUGCUCCUGCUCCCUAUCAUGCUCCUGCUCCCUAUCCUGCUCCUGCUCCUGCGCGGUGCUCCCAGGCCGAGAUCGAGCGGAAGAAGCAGGAGGCACUCGAGAGGCGCCGCCGCCGAAUGGUGUCCACCCAAACCCAGAACCAGAACCUCAGAGCCCCAUGCUAAGGUCCUGGUCCGGUUCUAAUAUAAGGUUCCCUCAACACAAAUCAACUGGGUUUAACCACACGUGUGGGGAUAUUGCUAUACAUUGGCUUUACAUUGUACUAUAAUUUUGGUCUACAUUACCUGACGGUACAUUAACUUACAUUGCUGUCUUGUUCUGAUUGCAUGAUUUGGCUGUUUGUUGCAUUACACUGUGCUCUCUUUCUUUGUUAGCACGCUCUCCCACCUAGAAGGAUGUUAGCACGCUCUCCCACCUAGAAGGAUGUUAGCACGCUCUCGCACCUAGAAGGUUGUUAGCAUGCUCUCCCACCUAGAAGGUUGUUAGCACGCUCUCGCACCUAGAAGGUUGUUAGCACGCUCUCGCACCUAGAAGGUUGUUAGCACGCUCUCCUACCUAGAAGGAUGUUAGCACGCUCUCCUACCUAGAAGGUGGAAGCUGAUUCCAGACUUACGAGCUUUUCUUGGUUUACAGUUAAAACCUUUUUGCAGAAGUUCAGUCUUGUAUGAUUAUUAACACAUAUUAUGGAAGGGGAAAUAAUUUGUGAAGUUAUGAAGAAAUGUAAUUGCAAAACCUGAGGCAAUGAGGUAUUUGGGAUGUGCAUAGUUCUGUCAUGUAACAUUUCUGAUCGCAUUCUUUGCAACAAUGAGGGAGUUCCUGUGUUUCGAAAUCUGAAUAUUGGUUUAUAUGGGAUGGCUGUCUAGCAUUGUCUGUUUUUAUUUAUGUCGACUUUGUUCUCUGUCAAUGUCAUAUUUUUGGCUUACCAUAAUUGAGUGAAUGGGCCUAUGAUCAAUUAAGUGGUGCCCUGAAAUUUCUAUCGAAAUUGCAUAUUUAUUGAAUGGGAAUAUUUUAGGAU